ACUCCAAAGGGCAAAAGCUAUAGGCACUCCUUAAAUUAUAUCCAUCUCUCCUGGUUCCAUGCCCCAAAGCAAUAAGAUGAAGAAACAAGCACUUGCAUGGCUCUUCCUCAUCGUUUGCUUCAAUCUUCUUCUCUCCUCAUUCUCUGAAACCAAUCAAAAGCCAAUGAUCACAGAGGAAAAACAAUUCAAGGGUGUGGAUAAGAUUAAAAGAAGUUACAAGGCGAUGCAUGAAGUGGUUCAGUACAGGAAUGUUAAAGAGCUGAAAGAAUUUAAUGUAACCUGCUUGUCUCAACUAUGGGUUUAAUGGGCCCAUGGUCCUACCAUUAGUAUUAAAAAGGUGUAGGGUUGUAAUUGGACUUGGUCAUGAUCUCUUUUCCAAAGUUCCCACAGAAGAAAACUCAUUGCCAUUACAAGUCUUAAGAAGAAGAUAAAAUGGACAUGUGAUU